AGACCUGCUCGCCAAUGCACAGCGCAGCACAGGAGCCCCGGACAAGUGCCAGUGCCAGACCGUGGAACGCUCUGCCUGGAGCCUCUUCCGCUCCACUGGAUGUUUGCGCAGAGGACACCUGCCUCCGCCGGCGACCCACGCCGCGAGAUCCGCCUCGCGCCCGCCUCUUAACUUUUGCAACGACGUUUGAUUUUUUUAUUUUUUUUUAUCAUUAUAACAACAACAAAAAAUUGUCCAAGACUCUAUGCAUCGGGGGGAAAAAAAGGAAGAAAAAGCCCGUACAGCCGUGCGUUUGACAUUCAACUCGGCCCUUGAUGGAUAUUUGUGAGUGACCGCUCUGGAAAGUUGCCCUGCGUCAGGGAGCAUGGGCUCAAACUUCCGAAGCUUUUUUCUUUUUGUUGCAUUCUUAUAAUCGAGAGACAGUUAUUUUUUGUUGUUGUAAUCUUCUUCAAAUGAAGGCAGGUGAGUCACCCCUCGCGUGAGAGACGCGCAGAGCUCCGGGGGCUCUCCAGGCACGGAAAGGGAAGGGAAGGCGACGCGGUGGAAGUCGUGAUCUGUGCGGCGGAUUGCGCCACGGAGGACGGAGGGGAACGGACCGAUGAGACAACAUGGGUCCAUUGCUGUGUUAUGGAAGACUGAAACACCUCCUCUUUCCUCUUCUCCUUCUCUUGCGGGCUCCUCUGUUGUUCAGCUUUGGUGAACGCACCUGUCCCAAUAGUUGCCGAUGUGAGGGGAAAACAAUCCAUUGUGAUUCAGCUGGCUUCUUAGAUGUCCCAGAAAACAUCUCGGUAGGCUGCCAAGGCCUCUCCCUGCGCUACAAUGAACUGCACACCCUGCUGCCAUAUCAAUUUGCUCACCUCGGCCAGCUUCUCUGGAUAUAUUUGGACCAUAAUAAGAUUUCAGCUGUUGACAGUCGAGCAUUCCAGGGGGUCCGCAGGCUUAAAGAGCUGAUACUGAGCUCCAACAGAAUCACAUCCCUGCACAACUCAACAUUCCAUGGAAUUCCCAAUCUCCGCAGUCUGGACUUGUCCUACAACAAAUUAGAAAUUCUGCAGCCAGGUCAAUUCCAUGGCUUGCGAAAAUUACAAAACCUACACCUACGCUCAAAUGGUCUCUCCAACAUCCCAAUCCGAGCAUUCCUGGAGUGCCGAAGUUUGGAGUUUCUGGAUUUGGGCUACAAUCGAAUCAAGGCUCUUACCCGUACCACCUUUUUGGGGCUGCAGAAGCUGAUGGAGUUGCAUCUGGAGCACAACCAGUUCUCACGGAUCAACUUUUUUUUGUUUCCACGAUUAGCCAACCUAAGAUCACUCUAUCUGCAGUGGAACCGCAUUAGGGUGGUCAACCAGGGCCUUCCAUGGACUUGGUAUACACUGCAGAAACUUGAUCUGUCUGGAAAUGAAAUCCAGAUCCUAGACCCAGCUGUGUUUCACUGCUUGCCCAACCUUCAAGUCCUCAACCUGGAAUCCAACAAACUGUCUAAUGUGUCUCAGGAGGCAGUGUCAGCAUGGAUCUCACUGACCUCCAUCAGCCUAGCAGGGAACAUGUGGGAUUGUGGAACUGGCAUAUGCCCACUUGUGGCUUGGUUGAGGAAUUUCCGUGGUAGUAAAGACACCACGAUGAUAUGCAGCAGCCCAAAGUAUCUCCAGGGAGAAAAAAUUAUGGAAGCCACAAGGAACCAUGGUAUCUGUGAGGAAACUGAUUAUGUUCUGACUGAAACACCUUCACCAAUGUCAGAUCUCAUUUCUGAAGCCACUGGUGAACCAACCUUUGCCCCUACUAGCGGCUCUCCACCUAUGCCACCAGCCAGCACCUUUGGUCCUGUCCCACCAUUUAGACCUCGACCAAUUCCUCAUCCUACCCUUCCAGGGUAUAUGAGCAAAGACCCCAAAAACUCAGUUACUCACACUCUACCCACUCCUAUACCACCCCCAGAGAUGGAGCACAUGACUCUGCACAAAGUGGUGGUGGGCAGCGUGGCACUCUUCUUCACCAUGUCCCUAAUCUUGACAAUUAUCUACGUGUUCUGGCGGCGCUAUCCAGGUGCAACCAGGUUGCUGCAGCAGCGAUCCAUGGUGGGGCGGAAGCGUCGCAAAAAGAGUCCAGAGCCAGAGCAGAACCUGAGCUCCCAACUCCAAGAGUAUUACAUGAGCUACAACCCUGCUGCCACACCAGAGGCAUUGGAGGUGCUAGGCAAUGGCACUGGUUCCUGCACAUGCACAAUUUCUGGCUCCAGGGAGUGUGAGAAUGAGCUACACGUGCCACGCCCUCAUACCUGGUGCCUGGCUGGGAGAUGUGCCGACCAUCCAUAACCCUGAAAGCUUCGGAUUGGUGCAGCAAAGCACUCUGAAACGGGGGGGACGCAGGAGAGAGAGAGAGACGUGUGCAGAGAGAAGCCAUCGUUCACAUGCAAGGAUACAUUUUGAGAUGGUCCUCCCACGCUAAGGGGCAUCCACUGACCCAAGACAAACGGGAGAUAACGCUGUCUUUUUUUUUCUUUUUCUUACGAUUUUAUAAUGUCUUCUUCUUUCUUUUUGUUUUUCGACCUGUGGUCUUUGGUCAUCCGCUUUGCUGCAUCCCGUCGCGAUUCAUCACCACACAAACACUGACACAGAUGGCUGUGGAUAUGCGGCCCUAUGAUGGAUAGCAGACACUCGGAAAGAAGGCUCAUGGGCACUAAUGGAUGGUUAUAACCAACAUGGGAGCUUAUUGUAUAGACUUUAAUAGCGUAUUGUCUCCACGAGGACAAUGUGGCAUUGUGUUAAAAAGAGGCGAGAGACUGUACAAAUUCAAGAGGCUUUAAAAAGUGUAAACUGAGCAAAGAAUCACUAAUGAAAAUGCACUGACGAGGUGGCUCUGACCGCUCCGCUAACACAGCUGUGUAUAAUUUAAAGUGGGUUUCCUUAUUUUUGAUUCCAUAUUGAGCAUCACGUUAAUCACCUUUCAACACUUCUAUUUUGUAAGAAAGACUAAUCGAAGGCUAGGAUGGUGUAAAUGUGCCUCGCUUUGGAGCAGAAACAUUAUAAAACGAGGAGAGUCUGUGCGCCUGUCUGGUUUCCACCGAUCCGCUCCAUCAGGUGGAAGUCGAGGCAGCAGCUGGGAGAUAGUUUGAAGCCUGUGAAAAGUCGCCAGAUGGGAAAGCAAACUAUCCCCCAGCCAAAUGACCUAUGGGGAAGUUUUUUGGUUUGGUUGUUUGUUUGGAGUUUUCUUAAAAAACAAAAGAAGAAAAAAAAAAAAAUGUUCAAAGUUGUUUCUAAUUGCAAUCAAACCCUCGACUACUUAGUUUGAUUUUGAGGACAGUAAGGGCAAUCAGAAGCAAAGGAGG